CAGACGUUCUGCGUGGUAUCCAAGAGGUUCCGCAAGAACUAUAUUCAUAGAUUUACGGCGACCAACAGUUGGUUCAUAUUCUCCCCGUGGAAUCCUAUUCGGCGGUGCUGUAUCUUCCUAAGUACGAAUCAGUACUUCGAUUACGUGGUCAUGGCUACUAUCCUUCUUAACUGCGUCUUCCUGGCCAUGACCGAAACCGUCGAGGAAGCCGAAUAUAUCUUCCUACUUAUAUACACGGCGGAAAUGGUGAUAAAAUCAAUCGCGAAGGGAUUUAUACUGAACAAGUACACUUAUCUACGGAAUCCCUGGAAUUGGUUGGACUUCGUGGUGAUUACCAGCGGAUACGCCACUAUCGGGAUGGAAGUCGGGAAUCUGGCCGGUCUCAGGACGUUCAGGGUGUUGAGAGCACUUAAGACUGUAUCCAUUAUGCCAGGUCUAAAAACUAUCAUCAACGCGCUGUUACACAGCUUCAAGCAACUUGCCGAAGUAAUGACGCUGACAAUUUUCUGUCUGAUGGUUUUUGCACUGUUCGCCUUGCAAGUUUAUAUGGGCGAACUUAGGAAUAAGUGUGUGAAGCAUCAAGAGCCGAAUGCCACACAAAUCGACUGGAGGGAGUGGACUUGGAACUCAUCCAAUUGGGCGUUCGACGAGGACGAGGAGCCGAUUAUCUGCGGCAACGUAACCGGCGCCAGGCACUGCAACGAGAGCUACACUUGUCUCUGCGUUGGCCCUAAUCCAAACCACGGUUACACCAACUUCGAUAAUUUCCUGUGGUCGAUGCUCACAACCUUUCAGCUGAUUACCUUGGAUUACUGGGAGGACGUCUACAACAAGGUGUUGUCGGCAUGCGGACCUAUUAGCGUCACGUUCUUCACAGUCGUCGUUUUCUUUGGAUCAUUUUAUCUGCUAAACUUGAUGCUGGCCGUCGUGGCGUUGAGUUAUGAAGAAGAAGCCGAGAUUACGAACGAGGAACGAAGGAAAGACUUGACGGAUCAUCGUGAGGAUUCGACGUUCAGUUUCGAUCCGUCGAAAAUCAACAUUAAGACACUGACGAAAGAUAAACAGAAGAGGAUAGACGCCCGUAAAGGAGUCUUGCUCAGCAGUUAUACGAGGAAGAAGACGCGUAGAAGAAAACGCGGGAGGAGCAGCGCCGGUCAGGAGAAAAACGGUGGUGCACGCAGCAGAUCCAUUACACCCAGUCCGAGUCCAAGUCCCAGGCACUCCAGUGUACGGCCUUGCCACUUGCCGCUCCAGAACAUUAGUCCCAGACCGCCGGAACCCAAUACGGUUCACCGGCUGGCGCCGAAUCGGGGUAUGUUGCACUCCAGGCAAGCCAGCAACAAUAGCAAUCAACAGUCGUCUUUGGAUGACUCCGGGGUGGUGGAUGACCACGACGGCGACGAUGUCACGUCCGCCGAGGAACAUGACAAACGGGAACAUCGCGUCGAGAAAUCGCAGGAGAAAUCCCCGAGGGAACACGGCAGGGUCCAACCAGCCCAACAAAUGCGCCCGGAUUGCCCACCGGCGCCGGUCACCGUGUCGGUGAGGACUGGCAAUCGGGAGAUUCGAGUGCUCAAGUGCAACGGGGUCAAAACCAAGAAACAUAUGUACGCGCUGCCGCCAGAGUACCUGUCGCAUAUUGUAGUUUUAGAUGAUCUUCCAGAUAGAAACUGCGAUAAGUGUAUUCAAUGCUGCGUUGAUUAUGAAGGAUGGCUGAGAUUUCAGAACUGUCUGUAUAAGGUGGUGAGAGAUCCCCUGUUUGAACUAAUGAUCACCCUCUGCAUCGUCUUGAACACCGGCUUCCUGGCGAUGGAGCAUCAUGGCAUGAGCGAGUCGAUACGGCAGGCGCUCAACAUCGGCAACAAGGUGUUCACCAGUAUCUUUACGUUCGAAUGCUUCCUGAAGCUCCUGGCGUUGAGUAAGGACUUCUUCAACAAUGGCUGGAACAACUUCGACUUGAUCAUCGUUUCUGCGUCGCUUAUCGAUUUAACGUUCGAGUUAGUGGACGGUCUGUCGGUGAUACGUGGUCUCAGAUUGUUACGCGUUUUAAAGCUCGCGCAAUCCUGGACGACGAUGAAGGUUCUCCUCAGCAUCAUAAUCUCAACGAUAGGCGCGCUCGGUAAUCUGACCUUCGUACUGCUGAUCGUGAUCUACAUAUUUGCUGUGAUCGGGAUGCAGUUGUUUAGCAAAGACUACACCCUGGACAAGUUCUAUCCGGAUCCGGUGCCGCGAUGGAACUUCAACGAUUUCUUCCAUUCGUUCAUGAUGAUAUUCCGCAUUUUAUGCGGCGAGUGGAUCGAGCCGCUGUGGGACUGCAUGCGUGCGGAAAGAGACGACGGGCCGGGUACGUGCUUCGCGAUAUUCCUGCCGGCUCUGGUGAUGGGCAACUUUAUGGUCCUCAACCUCUUCUUGGCGUUGUUGCUCAACAGCUUCAAUUCCGAGGAGCUGAAGCAGAAGAAAGAGGAAGUCCGCGACGAGUCAAAGCUCGCGCGUUCGUUCGACCGCAUACGGUCGAUCGUGCGUAAGCAGAAGCAUCAGAAGGAGAAUUCCGAGAACGAGAAGAAUAUCCGGCUGGAGCAGAUCGUGCGCGAGGUGAUGGAUAAGUCCGACAAGGAGAAGUACGCGAUACAGGAAACCGUGCUGAGCCUUCCCAAAGACAAUAUUUAUAAUAGAUCGUAUCAGGAGAGUCUCAAUCAGCCGGUUUUCACGUACGACCCGAUCUAUCGUCAGGCUACUCUCACCACCUACUGUAGUCAGAGCAGUCAAGAGACGGUCAAGGAGAACAAGAAGCUGACCGAGAAGGGCAACAGCAACGAGACCAAUCCGGAGGAGAGUAUAGAGCUGGAAGUGCUGAAGGACGUCAACCCGGACGAGGAAGUAGCCAUGCUGCCGGAGGAGAAGCCGACCAUUCAAAACGACGAGAACAUAGCGAAAAGGCCCUGGCAUGCCCUCGUGAGUUACGUGGACGAACUCACGGUCGGAGGUAGAAGAGACAGUAAGGGAAGAUAUAUCGACGGGAUGGGCUCGUUUCCCGGGUUCGGCAGGAACAAGCAGCACAAGGAGCCGCUUGAUUGCCUUCCCCAGCACUGCUACCAGAAGUGUAGCUGUAUCAAUCGUUGCCUCGCCACGGAUCUCGGCAAGAAGUGGAUAAGAGUUCGUACGGUCGUCCUGUCGGUCGUGGACACGCCCGCUUUCGAAUGGAUGAUCCUAGUUUUAAUUUUCGCAUCUUCCAUAACGCUGUGCUUCGAGGACAUCUACUUAGACGACAAUCCUUUUUUGAAGAAGCUUCUCUAUUGGACCAAUCUUGGCUUCUGCGCACUUUUCAGCGUCGAGAUGCUCCUAAAAUGGCUAGCCCUAGGCUUCUGUAAAUACUUCACCAGUUUCUGGACAAUCCUGGAUUUUAUAAUCGUUUUCGUAUCUAUGUUUAGCCUUUUGAUAGAAGAAAAUGAGAACCUUAAAGUAUUACGAUCACUGAGGACACUACGCGCCCUGAGGCCGCUGAGGGCGAUCUCGAGAUGGCAAGGCAUGAGGAUCGUAGUGAACGCGUUGAUGUAUGCGAUACCUAGUAUAUUCAACGUGCUCCUCGUCUGUCUCGUGUUCUGGCUUAUUUUUUCGAUAAUGGGCGUCCAGUUCUUCGGCGGCAAGUUCUUCAAGUGCAUCGACGAGUACGGAGAAAUGCUGGAUAUUUCGAUAGUGAACACUAAGGAGGAGUGUUACAGCAAGAACUACUCUUGGGAGAAUAGUAAGAUCAGUUUUGAUCAUGUUGGCCUCGCCUACCUGGCUUUGUUUCAAGUGGCAACCUUCGAGGGAUGGAUGGAAGUGAUGGAGGACGCUGUGGACGCGAGGGGGGUGGAUCUGCAACCGCAGAGAGAGGCGAAUCUCUGGGCCUAUAUCUACUUCGUUAUAUUUAUCGUCUGCGGUUCAUUCUUCACGCUCAAUCUCUUCAUUGGAGUGAUCAUAGACAAUUUCAACAUGUUGAAGAAAAAGUACGAAGGUGGGGUGUUAGAAAUGUUUUUGACCGAAAGUCAAAAACACUACUACACUGCCAUGAAAAAACUCGGCCGUAAAAAGCCACAAAAAGUUAUAAAACGUCCGCUGAACCAAUUCCUCGCAAUGUUCUACGACCUGUCCAAUUCUCGCAGAUUCGAAAUAGCUAUCUUCGUUUUGAUAUUUCUCAACAUGCUGACGAUGGGGAUCGAGCAUUACAAUCAGCCACAUCCCAUCUUCUUCGUCCUCGAAGUGUCGAACGCGUUUUUCACGACUGUUUUCGGCCUGGAGGCGAUCGUCAAAAUAGUAGGUCUACGUUAUCAUUACUUCACCGUGCCGUGGAAUCUGUUCGACUUCGUGCUUGUGUUGGCGUCCAUCCUGGGUAUUCUGAUGGAAGACAUCAUGAUAGACUUCCCUGUGUCCCCGACGCUCUUGCGAGUCGUGAGGGUGUUCAGAAUCGGCAGAAUCUUGAGGCUCAUUAAAGCUGCGAAAGGUAUCCGCAAGCUGCUCUUCGCCCUUGUCGUCAGUCUUCCAGCGCUCUUCAACAUUGGGGCCCUACUGGCUCUGAUCACGUUUAUCUAUGCCAUCAUCGGCAUGUCUGUUUUCGGACAUGUCAGGAAACAAGGCGCAUUGGACGAUAUGGUGAACUUCGAAACCUUUGGUAGAAGUAUGCAGCUGCUGUUCCGUUUGAUGACUUCGGCUGGAUGGAACGACGUGUUGGAAUCGCUGAUGGUGCAACCACCUGAAUGCGAUCCCACUCCGAACAGCCGACAGAUGAACGGAGAUUGCGGAUAUCCCUUGCUAGCGAUCACGUACUUCACAUCAUUUAUCAUUAUCAGCUAUAUGAUAGUCAUUAACAUGUACAUUGCCAUCAUCUUAGAGAAUUUCAAUCAAGCUCAUCAAGAGGAGGAGAUUGGCAUCGUCGAGGAUGACUUAGAGAUGUUUUACAUCCGGUGGUCGAAGUAUGAUCCGCAUGCAACGCAAUUUAUCAGCUUCUCGCAGUUGAGCGACUUUAUAGCGAGCCUGGACCCACCGCUGGGGAUAUCAAAGCCUAACGUAGUAGCGUUGGUCAGCUUUAAUCUUCCCAUCGCAAGGGGUAACAAGAUUCAUUGUCUGGACAUCCUACACGCGCUCGUCAAGCACGUUCUUGGACACGUCGAGGAAUCAGACGACUUCAGGAAGCUGCAGGAGCAAAUGGACGUCAAGUUCAAGAAGCAGUUUCCGACCAGAAAAGAGUUGGAGAUAGUGUCUUCCACGAGAAUUUGGAAGCGGCAAGACAAAGCUGCCAGGUUAAUUCAGCGCACCAUAAGGGAGUACAUUGCAAUGAAGAAAGAGCGCGAAAGAAUUGCUCAGGAGGUGGACUCGCAGACGCAGACUUCGAGUCCGGGUGGUAUGGACGGUAGGGGCGGGGGUGGAUGGAGCGGUAAGCUGUCAGCUCUGCUGCACGUGCACCGGGGGAGCCGUGCCAGUAGCCGCAAGUCCUCCAGGGCCAGCGACGCCAGCGAUCUCAGCGAACUCGGCACCGCUUCGGCGUGGCUGUUCCCGAAUCUUCCUCUGCUGUUACUCUCCGGCGCCACUGGAACCCACGAGGACCUGCAACCCCCGGCGCUGACCGUGUCCCGUCCCUCACCAACCACCGAUCAACCCUCCGCUGCCUCCAGCUCCGGCUCGGACUCCCACGCUACCGUCAGAUCGCUGGGCCCCACGCUGGGCCGGCAGGAUGCAGUGGAGAAGUAUUCGGAGGAGGACAUGCUCAGUCCACCGACCUCGAAGCGCAGCUCCCUGCGGCCGAGCGGCACCACUCUCUCGCUGAACGCGCUACAGCGGGACAUCAAAGAGGCGUUCAACCGACGAUGUGGCAGCCUGAGACGUCGGGCGCCGCCGCCGGAGCCGGUGCAGCUUCCGGUCGAGAGUAGCGACGUGAGUAUCCUGGUGACGGAGCCGAGUCCGGAGAACACGGCACCGCCCUCGAGGCCGCCGCUGAUCAGGCAGCAGUCGGAGGCGACGGUGGUGCACGUGCUGGUGCACAGGGAGAGCGAGGAGUACCAGGACACGUCGGACGACAGCUGAUCCUAGUCGACGGCCACCACGCCGGAUAGUGACAGCGGCGCGACUCAGUGAUAAUACAUAUGUAGAACUAUAUUAUAUACAUAUAUGUAGACUUUUCACACACAGCGCAGAUCUAAUUCUAGAUAGGGCGAUAAUCCGCACGGCUUCUUCGGGGCGAAUCUCCUCGAGAUGGAGAGCGACACGUGCGUAUGUUGCGUGUGUGAGUAUGUAUGUGAGUGCGUAUGCGUCGUCGAAGUGUCAGAUGAGACAUUGUACGUAGCGAUGGUUCUCGGCCGAUUCAAAAAGAGAAUUUAAGGAUGACCGUAGAAUCCUUGUUGAUUUGAUAACUGCUUAUACUCAGAUGACCAUUCUCUUAGGAAUCAUUUUGUGGUAGUAUCAUUUUAUUGAAUCUGUGAUGUUCUCGAUUAGAAAUUUAAUUAGGAUUAAACACAGCAUAAUUAUUAUGAGAAUGCUUCCUAAUUGUCAUUGAACAUAUCCGCAUUAUUAUUGGUAUUAAACAUAUUAUAAAGGAUGCUAAUUUUACGCUUCAGUGCAAUCUUACUGCGAUAUUUAGGAGAAAAAAAAACAUCUCAUUUCUAACAAAAAUAAAAUUUUUAUUAUCUUAAAGAUUUUGUGUGAUAAAAUAGCUACAAAAAAUUUAUUGCUCAAUUUUUUGUUUUAAUAUCAUGAGAAAAGAGUAAGAUUGAGAGCCAUUGCAUUAAGAGACGAAGAAAGGGACAAGGACGAAGUUGAAAAGAAAUUUUCAACAAUUUUUCCGUUGCAAGCAUGGAUGAAAUAUCAUCGGUGGAGGAACCUGGAUAUCAUGUUGACUCAGCUCGCUUUUUGAUAAAAAUGCAUGCACCGUAAUGCUGGGUUCCCCCGUAACGACGAUGAAUUAUUUAUAAAGGAUGAAUUACCAGCGUAGCGGAAAUACCAGAUGUAGCCGUAUUCGAAACAGAAACGUAAUUUGUUGGGAUACGUCAGUUCUCGAAGUGAAUCGAAAUGAUGAUUUUGGUUUCUCAUUUUCGAGAUUUAUAUAAGUACGCGUACAAUUUCUUAAUUAAAAUAGGAACAUUUUAUUUAUCUUUGCCAAUGAGAAAAUAAAUUUAUUUACUCAGUAAAAAUAUACUUUUUCUUUCGAUAACACUAUAGUCGAACCAUGGUCUCUUGAAGUUUAGCGUCUCAAGAAUCACGAUCAGUCGCUGCGACCGUUCCAUCCGAAGCUCUUCUUCAUAUUUUUUAACAAUAAUUUUGACAGGGCAAGUUAUUAGCCUAGCGCUCAAUCCUGAACUUAGAACACCAGACCUCAUAUUAUGAAUUCCAAAUCCGUGGGAUCGUGACUCGUUAAUUAUAAGAAUAUAUAAACUCGCUUUAAAAGCCUGUUCUGCGCAUUUAUUUAUUUGUGAAAAUUUUUCUCGUGCAAGAAGAUUUCAAAGUACUUGAAAAUAUAAUAAUCAAUAUCAAAAUCAUUAUUUAAACUUGAAAAGAAAUAUAAAUCUCUGAAAUUAAACAAAUGUUAUUUUAACAUCGAUAUUUAAAUUAUUUCUUUCACUUCGAGCAUUGAACUGUUAUCGAUGAUAAAUCGACUUCGGCGAUUGCUUUGGUCAAUGAUUAUUACCACACUAAAUAUAUCAGUAAAAGAAUUGAUUCGUAAUAUUAGGCGUCAGUAUAUUUAGCACAAAUAACGAACAAUUUAUUACAUCAUCAAUUUUGCUACGUAAAAAGAUCCGUAUUGACGCAAUUGGCGAAUCAUUAUUAAUAUUAUCGUAAAUUCUAAGGACAAUUUAACGCUUUCUAAGAACAUUUUAAGAUAUAAAUCUUAAUACAUUUUAACCGCGUAUUUCCGACGCCUUUUGAUCAUACUGAUAUGUACAAAUUGUUCGCGGUGUUAGUUUAUACAUUAGCAAUUUUGUCUAUGCCAUACAUAAUUAAUAUUAAAUGUAAGUCACAAAUACAAUAUCUUAAUUAGUAGUUAUAUCGGCAAAAAAUACUGCAUUAAUCGCAAGGAAAGAGUAAAAAGCAUCAUUAUAAGUGCAUUAAGCUAAACAAUUCACGUAAAAUGAUUAACUCCAGUCAACGGUUUGACGAGUGCAUUCGAACUUACUGCAUUAUUCAAUAACCAACUAAUUAAUUGUUUUCAAAUAAGCCCAAACCAUCAACGUGGUAAACUUUCUUCUAAAAUAGCGACUAUUUCUAGUAAGUUACGCUACCCUGGUAAGAGCAUGCUUUGGAUCUCAUAAUUAUAUUAUCAUCGUUUGGUUCUUCAUGUGGAUUAAAAAAAAAUUAUUAAUUUCGCUAUUGAUGUAUAUAAAUUAUUUAUAAUUUAGCUAUUCAAUCUCAGCGUUGGGUAUCUAUAUACAUAAACAACAAUCACAUAUAGGCAGAAUGUCUAAAUUGUCACUUUUUACAUGGUCCAAUUAAACAAAUAACAAGAAACUAUUGCUAUUUAUUUAUUUAUUUAUUUAUUUAGACUGCUUGCGAAAAGAUAAUUUUGGAAUUCUAUACUUAUUGUUAGAUCAUGCGUAUAUGCCCAACACUGAAAUUUCAAACUUGAGAAUUUUUGAAACACUGAAACUUUUCGAAUAUAUUAAAAUACCAAAUCAAGAUUUUUAUAGAUAAUUGGAAUGUUUAGUAAUAACAUUUCAGACUGUAAUUAUCGGAAAAAGUUGUAAAAUUUCCAAUUAUCUAAUAAGCCGCAAAAUCGAUUGCAAUAACUUGAUUAAUGUUUGGAAAUAGCGUUUCAGCGCUUCGCUAUUGAAUUUCAUUAAAUCCUCAAACGUCGCCGGAUAGCUUUUAAUACUGAUUUAACGUGGCUUCAAUAAUUGAGAGCGAUAUUUGGACUCGCGUGCACAUAUAGAGACGUUUCUCAGUUAGCGUCUAACGGAACCUUUUUACUAUAACUCUACAUUUAUAUACGUCGUGAUCCUUGUCUCUUGCGUCGUAAUUAAGGGUGGUCGGACCAAAUCUGGGCACAUUCGACUCUGUUGUUUACGGUUUUCUCUUCACAGAAGAAGGAAGGAGGAAAACCUAGAUUGUUAGCACGUAGAUAACGCAGGCCGCCCGGAGUUUGCUACGAAGAACGAAUUUUAUCGGUAUACAAAAAGAGUACUGCCUCAAAUCUUAGGAUAAAUUAAUCGCGUCACUAACGGCGAGGAGGAUCGAAAAAAAGUAAAAAAGAAAGAUGAACCAAACAGACGGAAAUAAUGUGGCUUCCUUCGGCGAUUAUUAUCGUAACCAAAGUACUCCGUUUCUGUUUCUUUCCUCAUGAUAGUAGCAAGAUCUCGGCAAAAAAGCAAAUAGCGUUAUAGCUUUUGAAAUCUGAAUAAUUUUUACUUAAAAACAUUGUUCUUAAAUAAAAAAUGGUUGAAAACAAAGAGCUUUUUCGCGAAUUAAACGUCAAAGACGCGAAGAAACGACAAACAUUUGGUACUACAUUUGAAGUAAGAUGUUCACAGUUCUUGUUUGAUUUUUAUACUAAAUUGGAGGACAUAAAUAUAAAUUUUUUUAUUGAGGAAAAAUCGACUCUUAAUUUUACAAGAUAAGAAUUACUCACUCACUUAGUAUUAUACAUAGUGAUUACGUAAAAAGAGAAUGUUAAUAUGUAUAAUCACUUUCAAUUCUCGAAUAUCCUGUAUGCAUUUGCGACACCGUACUGCCGUUGUUCAAUUGAUUAGGCAUGUUUUCGUUGUAUAUAUAGAGAUCGUUACGUUAAACGCUAAAAUCAACAUUCGUAUACGCUCAGAUUUUAAUCGGUUUUUAUCUCUUUCGACUCUGUUGAUUGCCCGCAUCGUUAGAACUUUCAGAUAUUCAAAUAUUGCGCAAAAUGCCGUGACAAAUAACUUGUUGUAUAACUUUGACACUCGAUAGGCUUGUAACUGUGGGUUGAUUUAACACAAACAAUAUUCUAAAGGCCCAAAAACUCUACUCCCUAGAGAAUUAUCUACCUAAAGAAAAUUAAUUAAAUUUUAUUAACCUAAUUAGCGCUGAAUAAGUGAAAUUAAAAAAUUUCUGUUCUAUUCUGCAUAUUUUCAAGUAAAAAAAAUAAGAUAUUUUUCAACGGUUUUUACUGUCGGGAAUCACUUUUAAAAAUCAAAUUUUUAACUAGACGCUUGAUUUAACUUAAUUGAUUUUUACUAAACCUCUUAAAUAGAGAGCUUCAAAAAUAACUGAUAAUAUAUCCGACUUUACAUGCGAUUUCUAUAAACUUUCUAAGAACUUUCUAAGAACAGCGAGCACAUAGCGCGUACUCUUAUCAGUCUCAAAUUCUUUAUAAAACCGAAUCUGCGGCUUUUAUAGAGAUUUUUAGUAAUCGAAUUUUGUCGAAUAUUAAUAAUAAUCUUUUAAUACUAUCCGAUUAUAUAUCGAUUGCAGGUCUAAUUAAGAGGAGUAGAGAUCUCUUUGUCUCGAUCGAAUGUAAUCUCGAUUUUCAAUGUGUGAUCAUACCUGCCUAAUAGCGUGAAAACAGAUUGCACAGAGAUCUCAAAUUGUUAAUAAUUCGCAAAAUCGAAUCCGCUUUUUCACAGUAGCAAAAGAUCACCUAAAAUUCGCCGAAAAAUUCUUGAAUUUUUGUCCCUAAAAUUUCUUGUCAAAAACGUAACUUGAUAUGUCCCAGAUUUCUCACACGGACGGUUCCAGGUUUAUCUUCUUAAAUUUUAUUAACGUCAUCCUCAAUUUAAACAAAUCAUACAUAUAGAUCCCUCCGGAAAAAUAUUUUUGUCGUCAUAAAUCUCUCGUUUUCAUAGAUUUCUCCGAAGAAUUCUUUUUGUCAUUGUCCAUGACAUCUACGUUUUGCAUAAACUUCUUUCCUGAGCUUGCAUUAUCCUCUAUAAAUAUUAUACAUACUUUAUAAAAGGAACAUGUCCUCAACAAACGCUAUCAAGAGAAACUAUCUUUAUAUCGAUAUUUUUCUUAUAUUUUCAUAUUAUUAUCUUCUCUCGUUUGUUUCUUAUAUUUCUGCAAUUAAAUUAGUGAAGUGAACCUUGGAUAUUGUAAUAUAUAUUCUUCUUUCGAAGGAACGAAACGGCCAAUCGUGAAAUGCCCCGCUCUUGGAAAAUGCUCUUAUCAUAAUUUUUUUAUUAACACAGCCGAGACUACUCUUCUUUGUUAUCUAAUACUAAAUAUCUCUCGCGAAGGAAAAAGCACGUGAGGACUUUUCGCUGCAUUUCAUUAGAGAUCUCUCGGACGAACGCGGAGAAGGGGGAGGGAAGGAAGGAAGGACGCACGUUCGAAUUUCCAUGGACAACGAAUUAUUUUAAGGGGGUCACGCCGU